AUGUCGUCGGUCGUGCUGGCCACAGCGGGCUAUGAUCACACGAUUCGCUUCUGGGAGGCGACCAGCGGCAUUUGCUACCGCACGCUGCAGUACACCGACUCUCAGGUCAACAAGCUCGAGAUAACCGCCGAGAAACAGUAUGUCGCAGCAGCAGGCAACAGCCAAGUGCGGCUGUUUGAGGUCAACAGCAAUGACCCGCAGCCGGUCAUGAGCUAUGACGGCCACGCGGGCAACGUGACAGCGGUCGGCUUCCAGAAGGAUUCCAAGUGGAUGUACACGGGAGGAGAGGACGGCACUGUGCGCGUUUGGGACUUGCGCACCCCCGGAUGCCAGCGCGAGUACGGGAGCAGAGCGGCUGUCAACACAGUGGUGCUGCACCCCAACCAGGGGGAGCUCAUUUCAGGCGACCAGACGGGCCACAUCCGUGUGUGGGACCUGACGGCCAACGCGUGCAGCUGCGAGCUGGUGCCCGAGGUGGGCACCGCAGUGCGGUCGUUGACAGUGGCGCUGGACGGCAGCAUGAUCGUGGCCGGCAAUAACCACGGAACCUGCUAUGUCUGGCGGAUGCUGCGCGGCACAACGCUGACGACGCACUUUGAGCCGCUGCACAAGCUGCGUGCCCACGGGUCCCACGUGCUCAAGUGCCUCAUCAGCCCGGACGUGCAGCAGCUCGCAACCACCAGCAGCGACAAGACAGUCAAGCUCUGGAACCUGGACGGGUUUGGCCUCGACCGGACGCUCACCGGCCACACGCGCUGGGUGUGGGACGCCGUGUUCAGCGUGGACGCGGCCUACCUCGUCACGGCCUCCAGCGACGCCACGGCGCGGCUUUGGGACCUCUCCUCGGGCGAGGCAAUCCGCACAUACAGCGGGCACCACAAGGCCAUAGUCUGCUGCGCCCUCAACGACAGCGCCAUUGACGGCCGCGACGGCGAGGCGUAG